AGGCUAGAAAAUAAAUUAAAAAGAAAACAUUAGGGCCAGGCAGUAGUGGUGGUGGUGUGUGCCUUUCGCCCCAGCACUCAGAGGCAGAGGCAAGAACUCCCUGUGAGUUCAAGGCCAGCCUGGUCUAUAGAGCUAGUUCUAGGACAGCCAAGGCUACACAAAGAAACUCGGUCUCAAAAAACAAAACAGAAACAAAACAAAAAAGAAAACAUCACUAUUUUUCUAAUGCUUUCCAUGUCACUGCUCUACACAUAAAGGACAUUUACUUUGGGGGGAUUCAGUGGAGCAUGCUGACGUCACCUUCUAGCCCCUGCUAGCCCUGCAGCUCCCUCACCUCUGUGGUUUUCUGUCUGCAGAGGUGCCCACACCCCUCAUUCAUCUUAGUCAGCCUUUAUCUUUCCUUCACUUUCUCAUGGCACAAAGAUGAAGCUGUCCUACACUUUAGCUUUACUGUGUCAUGUAGUUUAUCCUUUUGGCCUUUGCUCUAUUGUUGUUUAUAGGUUUGUUCUCUCUUAUUGGACUAUGAACACUUUCAGAGCAGGAGCCCUGUCAUUCAUGUUCACACCAUAAUACCUAGGAAGAAGAUCACCAUGGGGCCUCAAAUAAGCUUUAUGGAGGAAGUAUUCCUCAUGGAUACAAAUCCAUUUUAUGUAUUUCAUGUGAUUUCAUGUGGCAAAAUGCUUCUCGUAAUAGUGUGACAGUUUCCAGAUCAGUGAAUGACGAACAGUGCAAAUUUUUGUUGCACACCAGUACAUGGAAUAAUGAAUGAAGACUGUUUCAGGAGGGAUCCCGGUUAAGAAGUUGAUAAAAUAAGUGCAAACUCCCUUCCUCAGAACUUUGAAGAAUUAUAGAGUAGUUUUGAAGACGAAGGCUUGGAGUUUGAGUGCCUCCCUGCAUGAGUUUACUUAUAUAUAAAAGCAGGAGCUUGGAAGUAUGGACAUAAAUCUAGUAAAUGAAAUAUAUUCUUUUUAAGUCUAGAAUCACAUUAAUCUAGUGGUCCUAUCUGAUUAAGGGCUGUCUAUUAUACGAAGGAAUUCUGUGCCAAAAUUACCCAUAAACAUUACAUUACAAAACAACAACACAACCCAAACUUCUGUUUUUAGCAGUAUUGCCUGCCUGACAGUUCAUCUGACUUGUAAUAGUGUAAAUGUGUAAAUGACGUGUAAAUGGAAUUAAUGCUCACUCCCACAGUGGUUCUGUUUCUUUAAGAGAAUGAUGACUGUUAACUCAGAUCAUUGAACCAUAUGAGGGUCAAUAAAAGAAUAAAACCGCUGGCUAGUGAUUCGAGUACAAGGAACUUGAUGCCAGUAUGUGUUCAUAUGCUGGUCACAGUCAACAGGGGAGUGCCAGGUCCUUGGCUGCUGCUCGCCACCUCUCAGGAUGGCCUCUGGCAAAAUAAUCAAGCUGCUGGUUUUUGAGCUGCUGGAGUUUGCUGCCUUCUCUGUCCCUACCCUGGUGAUAAUGGAACAGUUUGCAACUGCCUAUCAGAGGACAAAGCAUGCGCCUGACAGGACGCACUAUUGGCUCAUCGUUUCCUGCUCCAUUGCCUAUGUGGCUGGAGUGAGUCUCUUGAUCUGGGUUCCGAUAAAAGUUGUCUUAUACAAGAAACGGCAUCUGUACAAAAAAAUUAUAGGAUGGCGACCUGUUCUGAUGAUGUGUGUCCUGCUCACCACUCUCCCCAGCUUCAGCUUCUCUAUAGCAGUGACCGAGGUUCAAAAAAACAUCAACGGCUCAAAUAAUUUGUUGCCUGAUUCCUUACCUGACCUGCCAGUGUCUCUGGUUCUGCUGUCCUUGAUCAUGGUUGACAUUAUUGAAAAACUCAGGAUAUACCCUCUAAGAGGGAGUCAAAUGAGUUAUGAAGACAAUGACAUCCACAUAACCUCGUUGCAACAGAUAAAAACCGUGACAGAACAGGUGACACAGAAUGAGAAUACCACACCUGCCCAGGCAGCCAAGCCCACUGCAGUGUCCCAAUCCUGGCACCGCGUGGCGAUGCUGGCAGGGCCCCAGGAGCCCUCCUUUCACUCUGGAAUCCUGAGGACGAUGUCUCACAGAGAUGUCCGGGCAAAUCUGCUCCUACAAAGCUUCCUCACGUGGUCGGACACUAUCGAGAUGCUACGUGUGGCUGGGCACCCCGCCGUGUACAAGACAGGCUGGCUGUACUCUGUCUACAUAUUCAGUUUCAUAUCUCUCCUGCGAAUGGUCUUCACGCCUAAGAACCCUCUUCUCAGUUUCCUGGGGGUCCUAUUGCAGGAUUUACCUUUUAUUUUUCUUAGACUCAGUUUAAUCAUUGCCCUGGGGACCAUCACGCCAGUCCUGGGCCUUUGCAAAAAUGUCCUAGUGACUGUCUCAUAUAUUUACUUCAAUUAUGUAACCAAACUCAGGCCUUUCUCUGCCUUUGAAACCUCUCCAUUUUAAUGGCAAAUGCUAAGAUAGUAAGUUCUCCUGACUAUGCAUAUAAACACAUUUGAAAUUUUUUUCUAGCAAUAAGCUUUUAAGCUAUGCAGAAUUAGCCAUUUCCAAACUGUACCAUAGGUUUUGGUUGUUUGUUUUUAUAUGUAUAAACGGUGCUACACUUAAGCAAAGUUAUAUUCUUUCAAGUUGGCUCUUCCAGACUUCCGGAAAGCUUAGUCAUUAAUUUUAGCAAUGCAUAUUCCACUUUUUGAUAAAAAUCACUCCAUAAGAAAGCCUUUUAAAAUGAUUGGAGCUGAGAACUAGCUCAAGAAUGACUUGUUUUCUUUUAAUCAUGUGUACACUGAAGAACAUUGUGUGGCUUAAUUAGUCAAAAUUAGUUUUAGAAAAUAACCAGAAGUUAUUGAAUAUAUUUUAGAGUUUGCUUGAAAAUCUGAAAACUGUGGUUUUAGGGUCUCUUUCGAAACUUAAAAUUCUAUUCUCUGUGUGUGUGUGUUUGGUUUUGUUUUCAGCAGCGAGGAUUGAACCAGUGCCCUGGACACACCAUCUUAGUAGCAACUCACUACUACCAAUGAGCCACAUGAAAAUAUAUUUCUUGCCCCACUGUGGUGACCUCUGUUCAGUUCACUGUGUGAAAAACGAGGGACUUCAGCAGAUGCUUCACUAAGUCUUGGGUAGGUUGGUUCAGUGGGCAGUACUUCAGCUGCGUGGGUGAUAGUUUUUCAAAUGCUACUUUAUUUGAGUGUUCCUUAAAGCUUCUACCUCCCUUCCAGUCCCCCAACCCCAGGCAGGCGGAAAACAAGGUUGUAAGGGAAACCUUUACUUCUUCCUGCUGGGUAGGGUUGUAGGAUUCUUUUAGGGGCAAUACCAAUGUCCAUUGUCAGGAAGUCCAGAAGUUCAGGUGACCCAAACCAGCAAACCAACAAGGGCGGCAAGCAGCCCUCCUUCUUCCCCUCCAAGCAACCACAGUUUUUUCGUCUGGGUUAUUGUAUUUAUACCCCUCAAAGUCCACGUAAUUCAACUAAUUACAGCUGGCAAAGACCACGCUCUGCACAAAACAAUUAACAGGUGUGGACAAACUAACCUCCCCACUUGAGAUUAUAACAAAAACAUGCUUACCUAUCAUAAGCCAACAGGGUUGAGUGUAAUGGAGCCAAGGUACAUUGCGAGUCCUCAUAAAGUUUUAUAAUGGAAACCAUAAACCGAAGAUAAAGUAGAAGAGCAUAACAUUUAUGGAAUUUGAUACCAUUAUUUUUUUUUUAAAAAGCACAAGCCAUAUUUAAAAGGAGUGUUUGAACUUGGUAAGAUGCCAAGGUCACGAAUAUCUUCAUGUUUCCAUAACCACACACACAGCCAUGAGCUCUGCAGGUGCCAUGGCGGCACAGGUAUUCAUAUCCGCAGCACAGAUUCUCUGUUUGUGAGAGCUCUGUAAGAAGCUUAUCUGUGCAGAGUAAUGAGUCACUUUACCAUCUCCUCCCUGAUCCAUGGAAAUAGAUAGCUUAUGAAUAGAUGAAUAAGUCUGAGUGUUUCUGGCCUCUGCACUGAGGCCCCAGGCUCCAAUUCCAAUGUCUUACAGUUCUUACACUGCUGAGAAGGUCUACUCUUAAUUGUUAAGCUUUGCUUGCCUGUUCUGUGAUUUGGGGCUGGUUCCUUGAAUGUUGUGGCCCCCACUGCUACAUGUAAAAAAUGAACACAAUAUAAACACUCCUUUAAUAGUGUUGGGGUAUUGUAGGAUUUGGAGCGCUCCCAGUAAAGUGUCUGGCAAAUAAUAACAGUUUAUAAAUGCUAAGCAUUUAAUGAUACCAUCCCACGUCCCUGCCCACUCUCUGGGAAUGAUAAUUUGUACCUGACGUUUGUGGAAUGUAACAUGUAAGAUCUUAAAUAUAACCCCUGACUGCAAGUUUUUAUCAGUUAUUCUAGUGAUCAGAAGUGAAUGAUAUGAUAUGUUAAAUAUUUAGACGAAAGAGAGUGUGGGAAGUCAUUCUUCCAUUUGAAUAGAACUUCUGUGAAUUUUCAGGUAACUCAGACUAUAGCACUUUUUUUUUUUUUUUUUUGGAGGCAAGAUCUCACUAUGUAUCCCAGGCUGGUUUGAAUUCACUAUGUAGCUCAAACUACACAGAAUUGGAUUCACCAUCCUCCUGCCUCCACCUCCCUGCUGGGGUGCAGUUAUGUACCAGCCACCCUGGGUCUUCUUGUUUUGCAUUGCUGAGGAUUAGACACAGGCUCACCAACUCACCAGAGCCACGUAUGCCAUCUGUCACUCAGCCACACCCCCAGACUGCACUUUUGGUUUUUGAAAGCUUUUGAUUAGAUAUUUACUUUUCUUGGCUUCUCAUUAACUUAUUAGCGGUGCCUCUGUCUCUAACCUGUCAAUCCAGGUAGGUGCUCAUGGUGCUCAUGACAUAAAAUACAUACCCUGUAUCUUUUAAAACUAAGAGGUGCCUGUAACCAAGCGACUAAUUUACAGUAGCCAUAAAUGCACAACUCAUUUACAUAAAAUGUAUAUAUCUUUAUUUUUAAAUUUAGGGUGAAUGGCAUUCAGUAAAUUCUAAAGUAUUACCUGAGCUGAGCUUGCAUUUUGUACCUGAAACAUGAACAUGCCUGAUAUUUGAUGAUGUUAGCAAUACUUUAUACAGAUAAUGAAGGCAUGUGUAACAAACAGAUCAUGUAGAUAGGAAAAGCUUUGAGUCUCUAACCUAAUUGGGAGUGUACAGAUGUUUAUAAAGCUCAAGCCUAUGAUAUUUAAGAUGUAUUACAAGAAAUUAUGCUGCUGUGGUCUUGAUCUACAUUAUGUGAUUAAAACCUGUAUUGAUAAAAUUGUACUGUAAUUCUCAUAGCUUUUUAUAGCUAUUGGUAUGAAGGAUUUGUGUCCUAAUAAAAAGCUUAAUUUCUGCUGUAAAGCGUGCAUGCAAAAACUGGCCAGAUCUGUGAUUGACUAUGUGGUAUUUAACUCCAAAUAAAAUCUGGAGCUGCGUGAUAA